CCCCGGCAUGGACGCGGCGGCCGACCUGGCGCAGCGGCUUCGGGCAGCGUUGCGGGAAGAGGAGCCGCGGGCGGUGGAGGAACUGCUGAGCCGCGGCGCCGACCCCAACCUGCUGCUGGCGGAUGGCGCGGCAGCCAUGCACCUGGCGGCGGGAGCCCGGCACUCGCGCGGUCUGCGCUGUCUCGAAGCCCUGCAGCGCCGAGGCGGGGACGCCAACUCUCGUUCGGUCGAGGCCCUGACGCCGCUGCACGUGGCUGCCGCCUGGGGCUGUCGCCGUGGCCUGGAGCUACUGCUGGGCCACAGAGCGGACCCCGCACUGCGAGACCAGGACGGACUGCGGCCGCUGGACCUGGCAGAGCACCAGGGGGCCCAGGAUUGCGCGCGCGUCCUUCGGGAGUUCCAGACUCGGACCAAGACCUCGACCCGGACCCGGGCAGAGAGCCAGGAGCCUGAGCCUGAGCCCGAGGCUGACGGUGACCCCUCUGGACCUCCCAAUGUGACCCCGGGCUCCACAGCACUGGGCAGACGUGAUGGCAGGGACAUGGGCCUGGAGGUCAGCCCCAGAACCCCCAGCCUCCUUGCCCACCCUGAGAUUGCUGACAAGGAUAGCGGCUUGGAGUCCCCCCCAGGACUAUGGGACUACUGCUCAGAUACCUCCUUUGUCACUGCGAUUGAAGUUUCUGGAACUGAAGAUCCAGCUCCGCAUACCUCCUCCUGGGCUGGGCCAUUACCCCAGACCAAGCAGGGACUCCUGCCUGGUAUUCGACCUUCCCAGAGGAUGCCAAGGUCUCCAGGUACCCCACAGCUGGUGCAUCGAGCUGCCAGGGCAGACAGGGAGGCAGAACUAAAUACCCGUCUGCAGGCCCUGACUCUGACCUCUCCAGAUGCCUCCCCCUCCGCCAUAUCCCUCCCUGGUGGGAGCCCUGCCCCAAGUCCCCCUUGGGAACCACCACCUGGACUCCCCGACUCCCCCUUCCUAAAAGACGAAGAGGUGUCCCUCGACAGUGAUGUGGCUGCCCUCUGGCUGACGGAGGACGAGGAGAGCUCCACAGGUGGCAGGGACCCUGUCCCCUCUUGCUGGUGCCCUCCGGUCCCUGCCAUGUCUGACCUGGAUUUGCUGCGAGGGCUCCGAGUACUUGGCGAGAGUCCUGGCCCCAUCACACCCUUCCCUCGGCCAUACCACCUCCGACGGCUGGAAGAAGCCCAUGGUGCUCCUGACUUUUCAGGGCACAGCCCAGAGCUCGCCGAAGCCCUGCGGACAGGCUGUAUCCCAGAUGCCCAGGCAGAUGAGGAUGUGCUUGCCCAGCAGUUUGAGCGGCCAGAUCCCAAGAGAAGGUGGCGGGAGGGGGUCGUGAAAUCCAGUUUCACGUAUCUACUGUUGGACCCCAGGGAGACUCAGGACCUGCCAGCUCGAGCCUUCUCACUGACCCCCGCUGAACGCCUUCGGACCUUUGUCCGUGCCAUCUUCUAUGUGGGGAAAGGGACACGGGCCCGGCCGGAUGUCCACCUCUGGGAGGCCCUCAGGCUCCGUCGGCAGCCAGGAAAGCAGGCCUGCCCCAAAGUGCACCAGAUCUUGGACAUUUGGGCCAGUGGUCGUGGCGUGGUCUCCCUGCAUUGCUUCCAACACGUGGUUGCUGUGGAGGCUUAUACUCGAGAGGCGUGUCUUGUGGAUGCUCUAGGGAUCCAGACGCUGACCAACCAGAAACAAGGACACUGCUAUGGAGUCGUGGCGGGCUGGUCAGCCACCCGGCGCCGCCGCUUGGGGGUGCAUCUGCUGCACCGCGCCCUCCUUGUCUUCUUGGCUGAGGGUGAGCGAGAGCUGCGGCCCCAGGACAUCCAGGCGCGUGGCUGA